AAUAUUAGUUUAGUCGCGCUAUCACGGCAUUCACUUGCAUACGAUUCGGUUAAAGCAAAAUGCUACUCCGAGUGAAAAGAUAUCCGCCAUUUUUGUGUGUGCACUUUACUUUAGUCCUUGUGUUAUCCUUGUGCACUGCACAACGCUGGCCAUAUGAUGAUUACGAUAUUCAAGGUGGCGAAGUUGAAACAGAAAACGAGCCUUCUAAAAACAUAGGUUCAUAUAAUCUGCCAGAUGGGUCUCUGGUUCGGCCUAUGCCCAGGCUUGGGUCUUUACCGGUGCAAUCGGAUGAAUUAAUCGUACCGGGCUUGGGUGUAGUUCGUGGUAAAACAGGAUACAAACUCAUUAAAGGAAGACCAAUAAAUUCGUACCUUGGAGUGAAAUAUGGAGUUGUCCGUCCCGGUUUGGGACGCUUUCAACUUACAAAUUUGGUUCUAUACCGCGGCCCAGUACUCGAUACGAUUAGAGGAUCUUAUAAAAAAGCACCAACGUAUUUGUAUUGUUUUGAUUAUCGUGGUGAAUUUCAUCGCUUCGGACACCUAAAAAAUCCAUUGCCAUUUGAAACCGAUGCUACACUCAGCGAUGACAACAUAUACCUGUUCCCAUAUCCAGAGGAAGUAAGCAAUUUAGGUACACAAGACCGCGCACUAUCGCGCUCUCUGGUUAAUAUGUGGACGGAUUUCGCUGCGUAUAAUGUUCCUCAUAGGAACAAUAGCGUAUGGCCAAAUGUCACGACCGAGGUGGGUCCAUUUUUGAGAAUAGUUAACUCGAAUGCUACAACAAUGGAGUUAGAUUAUCACUUCGGCGAUGGACUUCUGGUGCCAAAUUUGUACCCCGAGUUCUUCAAAAACACAGUAAUUUCUAAUUUGUCCACAACCACAACAACAACAACAACCACUACACUAAGGCCACAUUCUAACUAUCCAUACUAUUCCAACUAUUAUCCCAAUUAUAAUCCAAGUUAUAGGCAAAACUAUUCGCAGUAUCAUCAUCGACCACGAGUAACGGUUUUAAAUGGACCGGACCAAGCCAUGGAUUCUGGUCGUGAAUAUCAACGUUAUUACUAAAAUUUUAAGCAUUUAUACGUACACAUAUAUAUUUAUGUACAUACCGUAAAAAAGAAAUGAUAUAGAUACCAUAUUUAUGUACAUACUGUAUAAAUAAUCCCAUAAAGAAUUCAAUAUGAAUGACAUAAAAAUUA